AGGUUCCAAAUCAAUUCUCAGAAGUAAGUGCUGGCCCGAGUCGGGAAUUAAGUUUAUUUCACGCGAAAUGGUUACUAACUCAAUUGUUCAGCUGCAUUCACUGUAAGACGUGCGAUAUCAAAGCCCCCAAGCAGGAUAUCAACUGGUCUGUUCCUCAGGGUGGAGAAGGACCAAAGUACUACAUGACCUAAAUUCUACCCGCAACGGCCCGUUUUGUGCUGUCAUAUGUGGGUAUCCGUGCUAUUUUCAGAUUUAUGGUUCAUUUCUUUUCGUUUCGACGCUACGCUGGGCUUUAUUCGACGGGGAUACGUCGAGUUUAUCCAUACUUACAACACUGAUGUAGCUUAUUACAAACAAUCAAGGAUAGCCAUAGAGACAAAGCUGCUGUCAAUCUGUAUAUAUAUAUAUAGCUUGUUUAGCCCAGGCGUCACAGGAAGCUUGAAAAGGUGAGGGUGUGGAGUUCAUGGCAGCUAUGCGAUCAAUUGAGCUAAAGCAAAAGCAUACACUUUGAAAUUGCAAUUGGGUUCUCUUAUUUCAUCGAAUCACAACACUUGUUCCUUCUCAUAUACAAGUAGGGUUCAAAGCUAUCUACCGUGUUUGUUUCUCGAUCAAGCGGUAAUGAAAAGUGCUAGUCUUGACAGGGCUAGGCCAUAAAUGCAAUGGGGCUUAGUCACUCGUAUUCCAUUUUCUCCUAUUAAACAACAGUACCCGGACUUCCGAGCGCGUUGACAUGUCC